GUACUGUAGUCAAAUCUUCAUGCGCGCCCGCGCCCCCUGUUGAGUCUUCCGCGCAUGUGGAGUAGCUUUGCUGGUGGCCAAGGGCCUGCGCCUGCGCCUGACUGGGCGACGCCCGCAUCAUGGAUGCAACCACCUUUGAGGCUGGCCCCAGCUGCCGCAGCUUCAGAGUCUUGGGAAGUGCCCGGUGUCCCCGAGCCGGCGCUGCCACCGAAAACUCCGGAUCCUUCUUCCCUGGAGGCGGCCUGGGGUGCGCCCUCGCUCCCCGAGGAGGUGAAGCAGGAGACCGCCAAGCACGACACAGGCCCCGAACCUGUACAGGAACUCGGAGAAGUGAAGGAGCCGGAGGACGACUCCUGGGGCCCCCGAUGGUCCAAGCUGGAACAGGAAGGUCUCCAGGAGUUGGAAUUUGGAGUGCCACUUGCCUAUGAGCAACCAAAACGAGAUCCAAACCACGUGCCGAAAGUCAUCCCACCACGACGAAUUGAGACAGCUCCACCUGACGAUUUGAAAACCCUCCAACCGAAGGAGGUGGAGCGGGGGAUGGUGGUGGUUUAUGACACUUUCAAGCGCGCCUGGGUGGACAACUGCUACCCUGACUUGGACGAGUUCUGGUUGUGCGACGAGACUGACAACAAGACAAUUUUUUCACUGAAUUCUGCGGGGGAGGAGGAUUCAGUGAGAGCCUUCACAGCCUCCGAGUUGCUAUUCACAGGCAAGUGGUCUCCUUUGGUGGAGGUCUCCAAGGAUGUGAUCGUCACACGCGAGAUCUUGGAAAAACUGAUGGAGAUGCCGGAGUGGGAGGGCCAGCUGGAAGAACAGACGGGUGUAUCCACCCUGAUCGACAAGGGCGCAGCCAAGGUCAUCGUUGGUCCGGGCAAACCGCCUGAUGUGAAGCAAGCUGCCAGCAUCGUGAAGAAGCGGUUGGAGGAGAUCGAUCGGCAGAUUUGGUGUGAGGUCUCCGAGACCGCGGGGGCGAAGGCGGCGGAGCCCAAGGAAUCCAAGGCUCAGCCGGGGACAGUGUCCAAGGAGUCCAAGGGCACCAAGAAGCGCAAGGGCCUCAUGGGACUGCUGUGCGAUCCCAAGGAUGAGGUGAAGGCCGAACUUGGGGAGGAGGAGGAUCACACGGUGAUCGACGUCAAGGAGGAGGUCACAGCUCCACGAAAGCGGCCCAGGCAAGCAGAUGACCCAGAGCUUGAGGAGAAGAACCACAAGUUGGAGGAACAGUUCCAGAUCGGUUUUGAGAGGGGCUUCGAAAAUGGCUUGAGGUUGGCGCAGCGGCGUCUGGGUGAGAUCAGCGCCUUGACGCCUGCACCUCGCAUGCCAGUCACCGAUGCAGCUAGAGGUGACGAGGGCAAUGCACCGAUGGGUGAUGUAACACCCAUGGUGUCUCCUGACGCCUCGAAAGCAAAGGUGCCUCCCGCGAAGGUGAAAGCGAAGCGUGUGGUGGACUGGGUCCGGGAGCAGGAGCAGUUUGCUCAUCUGCCCAAGCUCCAGCCCAACUGGAUCCGUGUGAAGAAAUCCAGUGGAGAUGGCACCUACUGCGUCAACACGGUGACGGGCGAAACUACCUUGACGGAGCCUUUGCUGAGCUCGGGGACCACCACACCGUUGGGUGCCUUCAUGGUGGCCCAGACCCCCAUCGCCUCUGGUGCCAUGACGCCCGCGGGCACGCCCGCGCACCCGGCACCCAGCACGCCCAUGCGGAACCCCUCCACACCAGCGCCCAUCCCUUUGCCGGAAGGGUGGACGCAGAUCACGUCCAAAAGCACUGGGAAGCCGUACUUCUGGAAUGUGAAGCUUGGUAUUUCUCAGUUCCACUUCCCCACUCCCAACCAGACGAAGUCGCCAGAGACCAAGAACACCUGAGAUCCGCGGAGAGUCAACGAGCUGAAAA